AUGGAUAAGUUUCGUCUGAUGUUCCAGUUCCUCCAGUCCAACCAGGAAUCUUUUAUGAAUGGAAUCUGUGGCAUCAUGGCACUAGCUAGUGCCCAGAUGUACGCUUCCUUUGAGUUUAGCUGCCCCUGUAUCCCAGAAUACAACUACAGCUAUGGGAUUGGACUGCUUGUUGUUCCACCUAUAUGGUUCUUUAUGUUAGGUUUUGUGUUGAACAAUAAUGUGUCAGUGCUGGCCGAGGAGUGGAAAAGACCCACAGGGGGACGGAGGAAGGACCCGUCAGUCCUUCGCUACAUGUUUUGUUCGAUCACACAGAGAUCCUUGAUAGCACCUGCGGUGUGGGUGUCUGUCACGCUCAUGGAUGGGAAAAGCUUCCUCUGUGCUUUCAGCAUCAGCUUGGAUAUUGAAAGGUUUGGGAAUUCCAGUCUCAUUAAGGGACUGUCAGAGACGGACAAGAUGAAACUGCUGGCAAAGAUCCCAUGUGAAAAGCUGUUUGACAAUAAGCAAAUAAGAGAGGCAGCAACAAAAUAUAUCACGUGUAUAUCGCAGGCAUGUGGGUGGAUAUUUUUGCUCAUGAUGACCUUCAUAGCCUUCCUGAUCCGGGCUAUUCGACCGUGCUUUACUCAGGCUGCCUUCCUCAAGACCAAGUACUGGUCUCAUUACAUCGACAUUGAGCGCAAGCUGUUUGAUGAAACGUGUAAAGAGCAUGCCAAGAGCUUCGCCAAGGUUUGCAUCCACCAGUACUUUGAGAACAUCAGUGGAGAGAUGCAACACUUCCACCAGCAUCACUCCAAGGAUGACAGCGACAAUGAAGACGAAAAUAGGAAGAGCGAUGAAGAAAAACUUCUGGGGAUCAGGGCCCAGGAUGAUAUGAAUAAAGUGUUGUGGAACUGGCACACCUGCAAGCCAGCUCUGGCUCUGAAAAAGGACGAAAUAGAUGGUGAACACAAUGACAGACUGAACGGAGAAGUCAAAGGAGUACUAAAUGGGUUUGUAAAAGGACACACCCAUAACGUGGAGAAAAAGGAGUGGGCGGUGUAUUACAGUAAGGUCUGA